AUGCUUUUCAAGAACGGCGGCGGCGGCGGCAGCAGCACCACUUAUGCUGCCAUUGGUCCCUCUCGGUACCACUGGGAGCCUGGAUUACUGCACCUCCCUUUCAAAGGUCUUGGUGCACUACUUCUUGCAGCGGCGGGAGUCGUGGUCUCGGUCGCCAUCUUGCUAGCUUCGAACGGCGACGAUGUGAGGCGAUGGAGAUUCCAGCCGACGGUUUACCUCUCCAUUGCUUCCACCAUCACUAACGUCACUGUUGCUUUUGCUUUUCUGGAAGGUGUCACUAUUGCUUGGUGGCACAAAGUAUUGAGUAAUGGAACAACGGUGGCGGACCUGCACCGUAUUUGGGCUUAUGGCAACAGCUUUCUAUCGGCCGUCUGGAGCGGUCGCCAUUUCAACCUGAUUGCCCUAGCGAGUAUCCUCGUGGCCCUUACUCCCAUCAACGGUCCUCUGCUCCAACGAGCGUCGACAAUCACAAAUGCAACCGUGACGGCACAAGAAGCCCUGGAUCUCCAGGUCAAUCAUCUCGUACCUCGAGGAUUCACGGCCAUUGUGUCCGGUCGAGGGGACGAAGUGAAUAUGCUGAGCACCAACUUUUCUACCAUAGCACGAGGAUACUACACUCGAGUACCUAUUCAUCUUGAAUCCGACUGCACGGCCAAAUGUCGAACAAGUGUGUUGGGGGCGGGCUUCCACACGAACUGCUCGUCUUAUCAAGUGCCAUUCAACGUUACCCCAGCCAUAAAUUCUACCGACUUCCCGAGCCCUGUGGUAUUUGGUGCAAACAUCGCCUUCGACGUCUCCCAGGAUCCGACCACGGCCACUUUGAACGUGCAGUACAAACCUGAUGCCGGUUGCGCUGGGCAACUAUCGGUGACGAACUGCACUCUCCGGGCAGGGACGGUUCUUUAUCCCGUCAUCGUCGAUGGCACUGCAUCUACCAUCACAUUCGAUACUGGCAGUACCAUUUGGGACGAUGUCGCUGUUGGGAACCCUGAUUCUCUUCCUGACGAAAGUCAUUUACUGGGGACGACCACUUACGGGGGGAUCUUCCUUGCACUGGCUAAUCAGUACAACACCAACCUUCAAUUUAGCUUUGGCGGCGCCAUUGGCUACCAAUUCGCUGGCGCCCAAAGCGAAGCCUCGAUUGCAUAUGCUCGAGGGAUUGAACAACAGCCUUCUUGUGAUGUCUAUUUUACCAACCCACUCGCCGACUUCCUCGAGGGAAUACGAGAGCUCAUUUUCCGCACUGCGGUCGCCACGGCAAACAGCUCGAAUACCCAGCACGUCAAUGCGCAGGCUUUUGGGAGCCAUACCGUCUAUCACACGGACUAUCUCUUCUUAGCCUUGGCCACCCUCUCGUCUCUACUGGGUAUCGGGUCUGUUCUUUACACCUUCCAUGGCUCCUGGAGCAUCGGUCGUCGCGUGUCUAUGAGCCCGAUCGAAACGGCCAAGGCGUUCAAUGCGCCUCUGCUGCGGAGCGCAGACUCUAAUGCCUCGGCAGAUGUACUGCUCAGACAGGUCGGUAGCACGCCGGUGAGGUAUGGCCUUGUCAGUGAGGUACGGCAUAGCGGAGAUUCGACCAUUUCCAAUGAUGAGAGUGUCUAUCGUGAUAGCCCCAUGGCCAGCGGCGUUCUGGAUACCGCCUACUCACCACAUCCUUCGCGAAGAUUUUCUGCCGUUCAAAACUUCUCUGGAAGCGACGUUGAGUUGCUGAGUCCUCACGGAGGUGCUGCACCGACAAGUGCUCGACUGGAGAUCGCAGAUCCCAAGAGGGUUACACCGUUGUGA